GACAAAACUUUGAAAGUGCGAAAGAAUUCGCUGAACAAGAAAAGGAAAUCUGCUGUUGCAAGUGUGCGGAAAUCUCCUUUACUGAAGCGCAGAGGUAAUAGGUAGCUUGUAUAUCUUAUCAUGGUGAGCAUAAAAGGAAAGCCACACCUCUGAGGGUCAAUGGUUAGUGUAAGCACUAUAUUGAGAUACUGAGAUUGUGUCUUUUGUCAGCUUGCAAUAAAAUGUUUACUACCAGAUUCACGAACCAGAUCUCUCGUGUUUUACUGCAUCACCCUUGUUUUUACACUAUUUAAAACCUAUAUUAAUUUAAAAAACAGUACAAUGGCAACAUUGUUGCAUCAGUGUUACAUCAUCAUAAUUUCUUUUAGUAAUUUAGUAAAUGUCUGCAAACAUUUAGUUUUUGCUUUAGUUUUGAAGGUCUUGGUUACUAUAUAACUUCAGCUGCUUCAGAGCUAAUUUGUCAUACUUUUAAAUUCAUUAUAAUUUAAAUGUGUUUACUGGAUGGUGGGUAUUUCACUGCAGAAUCAUGCUGCUGUAAUAUGUCCAAAAUGUCAUAUACAAAAUUAUACAAAAUUCCUCCAUCUGAACAAAAGUAAAACAGAAAUGAUUUUACUUGGGCAACCCAAACGCGUUAGAUGGGUAAGACAGCACCACUGGUGUCUUAGCCUCUUCCUGUCAUCUGGUUGCAAUGAACCACUGUGUGACUGUGCAUUAACAUUAACAUUAGCUGAUUAGCUGUUUUGUUAAGACAUGCUUCGUUCAAUCAAGUGAAGGCCUACCUCGCGCCACCUGACUUUGAUGGGGUAAUUUACCAGUUUAUUAUCUCUUGUCUCGAUUAUUGUAACUCUUUAUAUGUUGGCUCUAAUCUUAUUCCGUCAUCUGCAAGUUGUUCAAAAUGCAAUCAAAAUGUAAUGUGAUGACAUUAAACCUGUACUGGUGUCCUUUACACUGGCAUGCAGUCGCUUUCAGGAUCCAGUUUAAAAUUUUUUACUUGUUUUUAAGAGUCUCAGUGGUUUGAUGCCUCUUUACUUAACGUAACUUUUAAAACCCUACCAGAGCACUGAGGUCUAGAACCAUCUGCUCUAGGACAUUUCUAGAUCCAGGCUUAAAAGCAGAGACUAUAGAAAUAAACUUUGACUUGACUUGACAAGAUGUGGCAUUGUCCUCAUGAGGGCUUUCCCAAACAAAUAUGUUGAUUUGAACGACAUAAUCACUUUACAUGCUUACUGGUCCCUUUGCAAGUGUGCAGGUUACCUAUGGUUUGUGUAACACUAUGAAAGCUGGUUUUUAAACCGGUUUCAAACAAGUUGGACAGUGCCUCUUCCUUUUUUUAUUGCAGAGGAAAGUGUCUAUGUUAUCUAAAAAGAAUUCAAACUUAGAGUCAGCACAUGUUUUCACCUCAGUCCAUCUGAAUUGAGCUCUGGCCCAGAGGACAUCUCAAAAUUUCUGGAGUUUCUUGUUCAUGUUUGUCUUCCAUUUGCGCAUGCAAUGAUAAACAGUGUUUCUCUGUUUCUAAGUUAAGGUUUUUUUAUGCACCGUUGCCUGAAUGCCCAGAGAUCACUUCCAUUCAGCGCUGGUUAUCUGCAUUUCCUCUUAGAUGUAGCCAUUUCUCCUUAUACUGUUUAAUCUUUUAGUGAUGUGCCGAUGAUGAAAUCCACACAUUCUUGUAUUGGAAAUCUAGACAGGCAAAUGCUAUUCUUCAGCUAUUAAACUAUUUUCUCUCACAAUCUUUCAGAGAGUGGUGAACUUAGCCUCUCUGUGAUCUUAUCUUCACUCUUUAUAUCUACUAUUUCUACUGGCCUGUUGCAUUGUUAUCUAAGCAGUGGUUACAUGCCUAAUUUACAUUUUAUAUAGCAUCCCAACCUUACUGAAAAAAAGGGCUGUUUAUAUUUCAGCUGAAUAACAUCACACAAGUUUUACCUUAUCCGAUUGGCAGAAGAGGUCUUCUGCUGAAAAACGAAGAUCAGUUUUUUCACAUAGGCUACAGUCUAAGAAUAAUAAUUUUAAUGUAGAUCUCCAACGUUUUUGUUUGUUUGUUUUUUUAAUUCUCCAGGACUAGGCUUGAGUAUAAAAUGUGUGUGGGAAAAGUGGGCCAGUGAAAGUCAAGUAGCUUGUUACUUAGAGUCCAACAGGUGAGCCAGAUACGCGUUCACAGGUGCCCUGGUCAGCCUCUGUGUAACUGAGCUGAAUCUGCAGCUCGCAAUACGGACCAGUACCUCCAAGCUCGAGGAUGGAUUCGUGGAGCUUAACAAUCAUAAACUGUAAACAUUUCAUGUGUCAGUGGGCGUGGUGAUCUUCGAGAAGUCUUCAUGCACAUAACUCUUAGUGAAAUGUUUGAGGCCUCCCAGCACCAUCCACCCCCCUCCACAAAUGCGCUCUGGUAAACUCAGCUUCAAGCCACAGCACUGACAGUGUUUUUGAUGUAGCUGGCAGUUUCGACUUUCAUGUUAAGUCUUGACAUCACCUUGAUGUGAGAAGAAUGAGUCGUUUAGAGGGUCUGAAGGCCGACUCGUCUCAGUUUACUCUAGAGGGAAAGCCUUUCCGCAUCCUGGGAGGCUCUGUUCAUUACUUCCGUGUCCCCAGAGCCUACUGGGAGGACAGGCUGCUGAAGAUGAAGGCCUGUGGUCUCAAUACACUCACAACAUAUGUGCCAUGGAACCUCCAUGAGCCUGAGAGGGGAACAUUUAAUUUUCAGGAUCAGCUGGACCUUAAGGCCUAUGUCAGUUUAGCAGCACAGCUGGGUCUCUGGGUUAUCCUGCGUCCAGGACCUUACAUCUGCGCUGAAUGGGACUUGGGCGGCUUGCCUAGCUGGUUGCUACAAGAUGAAGAGAUGCAGUUGAGGACAACUUAUCCUGGAUUCGUAAAUGCUGUCAACUUGUACUUUGACAAGCUCAUCUCAGUUAUCAAGCCUCUGAUGUUUGAAGGAGGAGGCCCGAUCAUUGCAGUCCAGGUUGAGAACGAAUACGGCUCAUUUGCAAAAGAUGACAAAUAUAUGCCAUUUAUAAAGAAUUGUCUCCAGUCCAGAGGGAUCAAAGAGCUUCUGAUGACUUCAGACAACUGGGAGGGCUUAAGAUGUGGAGGGGUGGAAGGAGCUCUAAAAACAGUAAACCUUCAGAGACUCUCAUUUGGAGCCAUCCAACAUUUGGCUGACAUACAGCCCCAGAAACCUCUCAUGGUGAUGGAGUACUGGUCUGGAUGGUUUGACGUCUGGGGAGAACAUCAUCAUGUGUUCUACGCCGAGGACAUGCUGGCUGUGGUGUCAGAGAUCUUGGAUCGAGGCGUUUCCAUUAAUCUGUACAUGUUUCAUGGCGGAACCACCUUUGGCUUCAUGAACGGCGCAAUGGACUUUGGCACCUACAAAUCUCAGGUCACCAGUUACGAUUAUGAUGCUCCCCUAUCUGAAGCUGGGGACUGCACUCCAAAAUAUCACCACCUGAGGAAUUUAUUCAGCCAGUACCACUCUGAGCAUCUUCCUGGAGUGCCCUCUUCUCCCGAGAGGAAAGCUUACGGCCCUGCUCUUAUCCAGCAACACCUGUCACUGUGGGACGUCUUGCAAUUCAGCGACAAGCCGCACAGGUCAGACAGGCCAGUGAACAUGGAGAAUCUCCCUGUGAACAAUAACAACGGUCAGUCAUAUGGUUAUACACUGUAUGAAACCACUAUCACUGGUGGAGGAGCCCUAAACUCCAGGAACAACAUUAGAGACAGAGCGCUGGUUUUUGUGAACAGGGAGUGUGUUGGUUGUUUGGACUACAAGACUCAUGAGGUUGCAAUCCCUGAUGGGAAGGGGGAGAGGACAUUAAGCUUCCUUGUGGAGAACUGUGGAAGAGUGAAUUAUGGGAAAGCUCUGGAUGAACAGCGCAAAGGUAUUGUGGGAGACAUUGUGUUGAACAACACCCCACUGAGAGGAUUUUCCAUCUCCUGCUUAGAUAUGAAGCCCAGCUUUAUAAAAAGAUUAACAAAUUCAGGCCAAUGGAAAACUGACUUCAAGUCACAUUGUGUCCCCGGGUUUUUCCAGGCCAGGCUCUGUGUCGAUGGCCCUCCCAAAGACACCUUUGUCAGCCUUCGUAGUUGGGGUAAAGGCGUUAUAUUUGUCAAUGGGCAGAACCUUGGACGUUAUUGGUUUAUUGGCCCCCAGCAUUUCCUUUAUCUCCCAGCACCUUGGCUUAGAAGUGGAGAGAAUGAGAUUAUUGUCUUUGAGGAACAACGGGUGCAUGAUAAACUACUGUUUGCUGAAAAUCCUGAUUAUGGAAAGGCUAUUGAUGUGUACAAACUUCCUUUCUGCACACUGCUGUGAACAUGCUGUAAAACAACAAACUAACUUCAACACAUACACACAGACAAAGACAACCAUGCUCUUUCAUUAAAAGAUUGAUAGAUUUAUUAUAUUAAUACUGUCUAGCCUAUAAAGUCUAUUGUAAAUAUUUUCAUUCAAAUUGUAAAAUCUUACAUUGCUAGUUGUUUUGUUUCCUUUACUAUGCAAUCUGCAAUCGUCUUAUGAUUUAACAUGCACUUUGCUCUCACUACAAAUAAUGCAAUUUGAACCCAUUUUACACAUCUUGAACCUUUGACUGUGUAAAGUCCCUGAUUUGACCAGAUCAGGAGUGUCAAACUUAUUUCAUGUUGUGGCUCAUGCAGCACACUUGAAUCUUAAAUGGGCUGGAUUAGUGAAAAUCCCCUUUCUGUUGUUGUAUAGAAGUUUACUACACAUUUAAAAUCCAUGAGAAGUGCAAUUUCACAUUGUAGUCGAUGAAAGAAAUAUGUCAACACAAAUAAAUAAAUGGGUAAAAUUAUA